CCUCGCUCCGGCACCGACACCCCUGCUCCUCCUCCUCCUCCUCCUCCUCCCCGCGGCCGUCCCCUCCUUCUCUCCCUCCCUCCCUGCUGCCAGUUUCUCUACAACUAGUACAUCCACACACAGGGUCCCGGCCGCCGCGGCUGCCAUGGAUAUCAGCUAAAGCGCCGGCAGUCGGACGGACAGGGCAGAGAGGCGCUCCCCGUCCCCGCUCCGUCGCCCCCCGGGGCCGCGGCGCCCUCCUUGCCGCCCUCCUGCCCUUCCUUCCCUGCCGCCCCGAGCCUGCCCCACAGGAGCCCGGCGCCCACGGGGGAGGGAGGGAAGAGAGAAAGAGCAAGCGGAGAGGGAGUCGGGCAGAGCAUCCCCACGGCAAUGUCCAAGGGCUUGAAGAAGAAAAGCCACUGGACGAGCCGAGUCCACGAGAUCGUGAUCGUGAGGAACCCGGAGGGGCAGCUGGGCUUCGAGCUGAAGGGGGGCGCCGAGAACGGGCAGUUCCCGUACCUGGGGGAGGUGAAGCCCGGCAAGGUGGCCUAUGAGGGCGGCAGCAAGUUAGUGCCGGAGGAGCUGCUGCUGGAGGUGAACGAGACCCCCGUGGCCGGGCUCACCAUCAGGGAUGUGCUGGCCGUGAUCAAGCACUGCAAGGACCCCAUCCGGCUCAAGUGCGUCAAGCAAGGUGGCAUCGUUGAUAAGGACCUUCGUCACUACCUCAAUUUACGGUUCCAGAAAGGUUCGGUGGACCAUGAGCUCCAGCAGAUCAUAAGAGACAAUCUCUACCUCCGCACAGUGCCAUGCACCACAAGGCCACAUAAGGAGGGGGAAGUCCCUGGUGUGGACUAUAUUUUCAUCACUGUUGAAGAUUUUAUGGAAUUGGAGAAAAGUGGUGCUCUCUUAGAAAGCGGAACAUAUGAAGACAACUAUUACGGCACUCCAAAACCUCCAGCAGAACCAGCUCCAUUACUGUUAAAUGUAACAGAUCAGAUCCUUCCAGGUGCCACUCCUGGGGCCGAAGGUAAACGUAAAAGGAAUAAGUCUGUGAGCAAUAUGGAGAAGACAGGUAUUGAACCACCGGAGGAAGAAGAGGAAGAAAGACCUGUGGUCAAUGGAAAUGAUGUGACAGUAACACCAGAAUCAAGUGAACAUGAAGAGAAGAGUACAGGUGUCUCAGGUGAAGUAUCUUCUACCCAACCUUGCCCUGCACCAGGAUAUACUCAGCCUGAAGAAGCAAAGGAGGAUAUGGAUGUAACAAAGCAGACAAAACCGGAGGAGAAUGAUGACUUGGGCCCAUUACCUGAUAACUGGGAAAUGGCUUAUACAGAAAAAGGGGAAGUCUACUUUAUUGACCAUAACACAAAGACAACAUCAUGGCUGGAUCCACGACUUGCGAAAAAGGCUAAACCUCCAGAAGAGUGCAAAGAAAAUGAGCUUCCAUAUGGCUGGGAGAAAAUUGAUGAUCCCAUUUAUGGCACUUAUUAUGUUGACCACAUAAAUAGAAGAACACAAUUUGAAAACCCUGUCCUAGAAGCAAAAAGGAAGCUACAGCAGCAUAACAUGCCCAACGCAGAACUUGGAACAAAGCCUAUGCAGGCCCAAGGUUUCCGAGAAAAACCACUCUUCACCCGUGAUGCAUCACAGCUGAAGGGGACUUUCCUCAGCACAACUCUUAAGAAAAGCAACAUGGGUUUUGGAUUUACCAUCAUUGGUGGGGAUGAGCCAGAUGAGUUUCUUCAGGUGAAGAGUGUAAUUCCUGAUGGGCCUGCAGCACAAGAUGGGAAAAUGGAAACAGGUGAUGUCAUUGUCUAUAUUAAUGAAGUUUGUGUCCUUGGACAUACUCACGCAGAUGUAGUCAAACUCUUCCAGUCUGUUCCUAUUGGUCAGAGUGUCAACUUGGUGCUAUGUCGUGGAUACCCUUUGCCCUUUGAUCCUGAAGAUCCUGCCAACAGCAUGGUGCCACCCCUUGCAGUAAUGGAGAGGCCUCCGGUAGUGGUAAAUGGAAGACAUAACUAUGAAACUUAUUUGGAAUACAUUUCUAGGACUUCUCAGUCUGUUCCAGACGUAACAGAUCGACCACCACACUCCUUGCACUCCAUUCCAGCAGAUAGUCAGCUUGAUAGCACAUUCCCACCACCUGCCCAUGAUGAUAAUGUAUCAAUGGCUUCUUCUGGGGCCACCCAAGCUGAACUCAUGACCUUAACCAUUGUGAAAGGGGCCCAGGGCUUUGGCUUCACUAUAGCAGACAGUCCUACAGGACAGAGGGUGAAGCAAAUUCUAGACGUUCAGGGAUGUCCUGGUUUGUGUGAAGGUGACCUCAUUGUUGAGAUCAACCAGCAGAAUGUACAGAACCUGAGCCAUGCAGAAGUAGUGGAUAUACUUAAAGAAUGUCCUGUUGGAAGUGAAACUUCUUUGAUUAUCCAUAGAGGAGGUUUCUUUUCUCCAUGGAAAACUCCAAAGCCUAUGAUGGAACGAUGGGAGAAUCAAGGCAGCCCUCAAACAAGCCUAUCUGCUCCAGCUCUACCACAGAAUAUUCCCUAUCCACCCACUCUUCACAGGAGUUCAUUUCCCGAUUCAACAGAGGCCUUUGAUCCACGGAAACCUGACCCAUAUGAGCUGUAUGAGAAAUCAAGAGCUAUUUAUGAAAGUAGGCAACAAGUGCUGCCCAGGACUGGUUUUCGAGUGGAUUCCUCUGGUCCUGAUUACAAGGAGUUGGAUGUUCACCUUCGGAGAAUGGAGUCUGGUUUUGGCUUCAGGAUCCUUGGAGGAGAUGAGCCUGGACAGCCUAUCCUCAUAGGAGCAGUAAUUGCGAUGGGCUCAGCAGACAGAGACGGUCGUCUCCAUCCUGGUGAUGAACUGGUGUAUGUAGAUGGGAUUCCAGUGGCCGGCAAAACCCACCGAUAUGUGAUUGACCUUAUGCAUAACGCUGCCCGAAAUGGGCAGGUGAAUCUUACUGUGAGGAGAAAGGUGCUACCCACAGGAGAACCGUGCCCAGAGAAUGGCAGAAGCCCAGGCUCAGUGUCCACGCACCACAGUUCUCCAAGAAGUGACUACGCAACUUAUGCCAACAGCAAUCACGCUGUCUCUAGCAGCAAUGCUACACCCCCCGAGGGCUUUACUUCUCACAGCUUGCAAACCAGCGAUGUCGUGAUCCACCGCAAGGAGAAUGAAGGUUUCGGCUUUGUUAUCAUCAGCUCCCUGAACAGGCCUGAGUCUGGGUCCACAAUAACUGUACCCCAUAAAAUAGGGAGAAUAAUUGAUGGAAGUCCUGCGGAUCGCUGUGCAAAACUUAAAGUUGGAGACCGGAUCUUAGCUGUGAACGGCCAGUCUAUUAUUAACAUGCCUCAUGCAGAUAUUGUGAAGCUAAUUAAAGACGCAGGUCUCAGUGUAACACUUCGCAUCAUUCCUCAGGAGGAGCUGAACAGCCCGGCCUCGGCCCCCAGCUCGGAGAAGCAGAGCCCCCUGGCGCAGCAGCACAGCCCCCUGGCCCAGCAGCAGCAGCAGCAGAGCCCCCUGGCCCAGCAGCAGCAGCAGCAGCAGAGCCCCCUGGCCCAGCAGCAGAGCCCCGUCGCCCAGCACAGCCCCGUGGCACAGCCCGCACCCCCGCAGCCCCUGCAGCUGCAGGGACAUGAGAACAGUUACAGGUCAGAAGUAAAAGCUAGACAGGAUGUGAAACCUGAUAUCCGGCAACCUCCAUUUACAGACUACAGGCAGUCUUCAACUGACUACCGCCAGCCUCCCCUGGACUACAGGCAUCCUCCUGUGAUGGAUUACCAGCAGCCACCACCUCUCGACUACAGGCAGCCACCCUUGAUGGAUUACAGGCAACACUCACCCGACACCCGGCAGUACCCCCUGUCGGACUACAGACAGCCCCAGGACUUUGAUUAUUUCACUGUUGAUUUGGAGAAGGGAGCCAAAGGUUUUGGGUUUAGUAUUCGAGGAGGAAGGGAGUACAAAAUGGAUUUGUUUGUGCUGAGAUUAGCAGAAGAUGGACCAGCAAUAAGAAAUGGAAGGAUGAGGGUAGGAGAUCAAAUAAUUGAAAUCAAUGGAGAAAGCACAAGGGACAUGACACAUGCCAGAGCAAUAGAGCUAAUCAAGUCUGGUGGCAGGAGAGUGCGACUGUUGUUGAAACGCGGAACAGGCCAGGUCCCUGAAUAUGACGAACCAAACUCCUGGAGUGCUCCCUCUGCCACCUCCCCAGGUCUGCCGGAAGUAGCUCUUUCCCUCGACGACAUAAUCUCACCAUUAUCUUCAUCACACAUAGCCCCACCCUCUGACCCUUCUCACCAGAUAAGCCCAGAACCAACAUGGGAUAUCAAGAGGGAACACGAUGUAAGGAAACCAAAGGAGCUUUCGGUGAACGGUCACAAAAAGAAAAGGUUAGGAGAACAAAGAGAAAGGUCAGCAAGUCCUAAAAAGGUAGACAGGUCAAAGCACGAAGAGGCUUCUUGGAAAGGAUAUUCGGAAGGCAAAAAUAAGACCACUGAUGGUGGCAGGCACACCUCAGAAAGCAAAGUGGUGGGACACAGCGUUAUGAUCGAGGCUGGCGUGAGAGAGCACGUGUGUGCUGGAACCAGUGACGAACAGUUUGGGAGGCUGAAGAAGCCGGAAAGCAAGAGGGGAGGAUCUCUUAGCAAAAAAGAAGAUCACAAAUCCACAAAUACCAGUGAGAAGAAGUCAGCUGCAGCACCCGACCACAUCAGGCUUGAUACAGGUGCUACCAAGACGUACAGCAGCAAUCGCUGCAGCUCGCCUGGAAGCGAUAUGGACCACAGCCAGAGGGACCCUGACGGGAAACCCAGCGAGUUCCCCAGGAAGGGACAUCUCCACUCCAUUAGCACUCGCAGCACCAACACCACAGUUCGAAAGGCAACGGUCUCCCCAGGGCCAUGGAAAAUCCCUGGCUCGGAUAAGCUACCUAGUGUCCUGAAGUCUGGUACUUCUGCCAUGAGCAGAUAAGCACUGGGACUGUUGCCCUCUAACUGUCUCAAAUCGACGCAGAACAUUCUUCUUAGUUUUUGUCUCACAUUGAUUUAUUUUAAUUUAUUUUAACUAUCACGCAUUAUACACAAAGCAUUGAGGAAUGAAAACAUUAGUGUGUAAUUCCAUGACAAUGUGCACAGUAUCUAAUAAGUUCAAAAGCAUAUAGUCAACACGGAGAUUUAAAACCGACCCUAAAGUCCCAGUUCCAUUUUAGGGACUUUGGCAGCUAUGGAAGAAACCAAAACAAUAUGAAGGACAGUACAUCAGAGAAAGGGUAGUGCAGUGUAGCUUUAGCAUUUUUUUCCACUGCAUGAAGGACUUGGAUUUCAUUCAAACUUUAUAUCAAGAAACUGGAACAAGUUAGAGCAAUCGCAAACUGGAACAUCGCCUUAAAUAAAACUGCACGGAGCAAGCUGAAACUGAGAGAGGAUCUUUUCAUGGAGCUAAAAUGUUGUAAAUAAAUCGUUCUCGACAUAUCUAGACAGGGGUUAAAGGGUUUCUUUGAAGCAUUCAGAACUGUAUGCCCAUGACACAUCUCCACUGUUACCACUUUGGGAUAGUCCACGUGAUACCCUGUAGCAUAGUUCACUGGGCGCUACGGGAGGAGUUGGGAAUCUAGUGGAUUAGUUUCUGUGAUACCAUUUCUACUGCCAUUUUUGUGAACAAACCAUAUUUCUGUACAUUGGAAAGGAGUUAGGGUGGAGUUGUAUUUGCAAAAAUUAUUUUCCAAAGCAAUUUACUACAGGUUCCCCAAAUCCUGCAAGGUAACACUCAAGCCAAUUGGCCAGGCUCAGAACUUCAGACAUCCACAAGGCCCUUGCAAUGAAAGGAAGAUUGCUACAGAGAAAAAGCUGCAGUUUCCUUAAGGAAAGGCCUUUCCCUCCUUCAGAAAAUGAUAGCUUCUCUUAUCAACAGUGCUAUGUUUCAUACCCACUUGCAUUUAGUUAGGAUGCUCUCACCUUCCAUCCCCUAUGUUUGGCAGAGCAGGUGCCUUUAAGGCACACGUUAACAAUAGUUAGACUGAAAUUCCGUCUUUGAUGUCUUCGUUCAGUAAAUUCAAUAUAUAUUUCCAUUUUUAAAAAUGGUUUCCAUAUUAUCAUUUCUUCCCUACCUCCAUUUUUUUUUUUUUUAGCAUUUUUUGCUUAUCUGUUUUGAAUUUCAAGCCUUAAGUGCCAGGUAAACAUUCCAGUCUGCCUUCACAGGAAAUAAGCCCAAGUUCAGUCAAUCGGUCACUAUCUUGUUUAAAAAAAAGAUGUUGUGUGUAUGUAUAAAUGUGCACAUGCUUAUUUGUCUGUCAAAAUUAAAACAAAAUCCUGGGCAAUAAUACAUUGGUAAUUCUAAAAAUAAAAAAUAAAAAAAUACUGUCAAAAAAACAUAUUUUAAAACUAUUAUUCUCUAGCAAUCUUAGUUCCUUACAUGCUCUGCUGAAAAAUUAGAUUGAGAUUGGCUUUGUUCCAAGAAAUUAGCACAUUACUGUACAUCCCAAACAUUGCACUGGACUGAGAAAUUUACAGGCAUGUUUCCUCCUGUCCAAUUAUUUGAAAAGCCUCAAGUAAAGGAUUUUGCAGCUUUCAAACAACUUUUUUUUUAUAUAUAGAAAACAGAAAGUCCAUCUAUAGUUUCUAAAAAAGCACAAGUCCAUGUAGCUGUUUAUAAAACUCUUAUUUAAUGGAAAAAAAAUAAUAAAAGAAAUAAAAAAAUCUUUAUCCCCUGAACUAGAAUCCAAUAUAAUUUGCCAUUAAUUUAUUGAAUCUGAUUUUGGACAAUGCUUCUGUAGUGUAGAUGCACGUCCCAGUAUCUUAUUUUUAUGUAUAAAGAAAGCAAACAAUGAAAUCUGAAAAACAGUUGAGAUUAUGCUUGCAUAAACUCUAAUUUGCACAGUUCACAGCUACUCCUUGUGCAGUAAUUGCUUUAUGCGGCUGUAAUCGAUAACCUGUGAAGACAGCACAUCAUCUAAACCCCAUUCCAAAUAAUAUUUCUGUGUAGUGUUAGCUGUGAAUUUACCCUGUACAGCUCUAUCUCUAUAAAUAUAAUUCCAUGUAUUAAUAGUCACAGAAAGGCUGUAAGUGAGCAACUAUUUUUAUGAAACGCACCACUAUGGAUAAAUUAACUUUUACAGAAAUCUUGUUUACUGUAUGAUAUUCUAAACCACUGUCAAAUAAAAUAUAUAUCCAAAAA